AUGUCGAAGAUCUUCUUCUAUAAAUUCCCCGUCACAAGCCAAGUGUUCUACAAAUCCAAAUUCACCUAUGCCUUGGUCAACCUCAAACCCAUUGUCCCUGGACAUGUGCUGGUCGUUCCUCUGAGAGUGGUUCCACGACUCAAAGAUCUCUCGCCUGAAGAAAGCGUGGACUAUAUCAUGACUGUGCAGCUGAUCCAUAGCUUUAUUGAGAAAGUGUACAAGGCCGACUCCCUGAAUCUGGCCAUGCAAGACGGCGUUGCAGCGGGACAGUCCGUGCCCCAUGUGCACACCCACAUAAUUCCACGGUAUUUGAACGAUGGUUACGGAGAUGGAAUUUAUGAACUGUUGGAGUCGCACGAACAGGAUCUCAAUAGCUUCUUCCAGAUUGCCCUGAAGAAAAUGCAGGUCGCCAGGGACGAGGACCGCAAACCAAGAUCUAUGGAAGUGAUGGAAAAGGAAGCCCAUUGGUUGAGGGAGGAGCUAAGUGAGUUCAUCAAAUCCCGUGAGGCCCUCCAUUCCGACAAAGUACUAUGA